UAUUAAUGGCUUUGUUAUUGUGAAAUUGAGAUUCAGUGUUUAUUUGUUGCUUUGAAUUGCAUUCAGAGCUACAAAAUUUCGACAAUGACUUCAAGAAAGCGUUGCUACAAUGGAUUAAAACACGCAAAACAACAUAUGAUAUUAUUUUUCAUUUUAUUCGGCGUACUUUGUGGAUUUUUACUCGGUUCUUUAUUGCAUGGCAAUGUUCAGUCGUCCAUAGAUCCAACACCGAAGGAAUAUGCAAUGUAGAUGUCGUUUCUUGGUGAGAUUUGGGUGAGAGCAUUAAGACUUUUGGUCCUUCCUUUGAUUGUAUCCAGCCUGCUUUUCGCAGUCGCUGAAUUGGAGUCAAAACAGAGCGGAAAAUUGGGAAGAAGAACAUUGCUGUAUUGUCUUAUGACUACAAUGUUUGGGGAGUAAUUUGUUUAUUUGCAUUUAACCUGGAAAUGUUAACGUGAAAGAACCAGAACCGAACGAAGAAAAAGUUGAACCGAUACCUUCUGUGCUUCAUCUUACAAGAUAAAUCCCAUUUCACCACCUACCUAUGUUGUCAUGACAACAACAAUGAAUCGAGAAGAAGGUUUGAAAGCUUUGGAAACAUCUAUCAAAGCCAUUGAAGAAGUCAUUAUGAACAAGAAAGGAACAUUUGUUUUACAACAAGCUGAAUCACGGCAAAUCUUUGGCUCGUGGUCGAUGGUAAUUAUCGGAAUUAGCGGGAAAAACUACGUCAGAGGUCUGGUACCGACACAAAGACGCGAUUCUUGUCAUUUCAUUCUGGAUAGUACGCCGUCCAUCGAAGCUCCUCAGUUCUUAGAUAAAUAAAAAUUGUCAAAUACCAGCUGUUAUCCUUCUGUAAAAAAUGUCUCCGUGUUUAUCAAAAUCAAUAUUGAGAGAUGUCUACACCAUUUAUCCACAAAAGAAUAAUGCUGUACCACAAUACAACCAAACGAUCAUUUCUAUGCUACAAAAUAGACCUGAGCGAAGUCCUUUCGUUAGAACUGAUAUGUACGAUAUUGUGAGCUUGCUUUACAUGUCGAAUGAGUUGGUUGAAAAAGAGAUCUUAAAAAGUGAAGGAGAAAAUACACUAUCGGUUAAUCUGUCUCAUCUUGAUGACCAAUCAAUAACAGUUUUACUUAGAACCUACGUUAAGAAAUUUUUCAACUGUACUAUAUUUACGAAUAACGCCCUUCCUCUUUUUCCUUACAAUGAAAACUACCUAAACGGUUGGUUUACGCAGAAUUUUUCACGUUUUAAUGAUGCAGGGGACCAAACUAAUCAAGAAGUAAAGAUUUUUAAUGCAAGUAACAAAGAUGAAGCAAUUAGAGGUAUCAUCGAGGUUGAAGAAUCGAAGAAAAACGAAGACGAAAAUACUGAGUUAUAUUUCCAUGGCACUGAUCAUUCGUCUGCUCAGAAGAUUCUUAAGAAUGGUAUUGAAUUAAGUAAAGGUCGUGAAAAAGGCGACUUGUCGCAUAGAGAUGGCUUCUACAUGGCAAAUGAUUAUGAAUACUCGUUAACGCAAUAUUCUAAAAAACCAAAACCAGCUCUUCUCAUUUUUUGUUUACGCCCAAAUAAUUUGAAAGGUUUCCAAGAAUUGUAUUUAUGUGAUAAUCGCAAUAGACGAGACUUUGUUACAGUUACUCAAUUCUUUAAGGCUGGAAGGAAAGUUUCUGUGAGCAGGAAACUAUUUUCGGAAUUAGAGAGGUGCGAUUAUAUCAAAGUCCAAUUACAAGUGAUGGUCGUUCAGCAGAUGACCCAAGGGAAGAUAUUCUGCAGGUUUGUGUAAAGAAACACAAAAUGGCUGAGGCAAUGAGUGGUUCCCCAUUUUUGGUGGGUGCAGUCUUUAUAAAGGCUGAUUCGUAGCAAAUUGGCUGUAAGGGACGCAAGAAAACAAGAAAGGGAAGUUAGUACAGUAAUAAACAGUUUGAAAUUGUACGGAGUUGUAUUCUCCAUGAAAACAAUCGUAUCACACUUUAUAACGUAACUCGUAGGACAUAUUGAUUUUGUUUAUAGUCAUUAUUUACCAUUGCAAAAGCUGAAUUGUAAAAUAUUGAUGUAAACAAAUUUUAAACAAUUAUUGGAUGACGUUGAGCAUGAUGUCAAGAAAUAAAGUUCAACGUAUACAA